GAGCAACAAAGCGAAAGCGUUCAUUCAUUCAUUCAUAUCACUGCAUGUCAACCUACGUUCCCGCCCUCCUCCUUCUCCGAUCGUUUUCCACCAUGAACUUCCAAGAUGAGUUCAAGCAAGCCGAUGCCGGCUCGCCGCUGGCCCAGGCCGGCCUGAUGCAACUGAGCACGCCGCAGUUCAACGGCCAAGUCCAAUGGCAGAUCGUGGGCGACGAGUCCCAGAUCCUCGAGGUUGUCCUCAACCAGGGUGAUGCUGUCACCACCGAGCCCGGCACGAUGGUGCACAUGUCCUCUGGCCUCUCUCCCGAUAUCCACCUGAGUGGCGGGUGCGGCCAGGCAUGCACCCGCAGCUGCUGCGCUGGCGAGAGCUUCUUCCGCGUCAAGUACGAGAACUCGACCAACACGCCCCAGCACAUUGGCCUCACGCCAAACUUUCCCGCCAAGAUUGUGCCCAUCAACCUGCCCGAGUUUGGCGGCCGCAUCACCAUCAAGAGCCGCGCCUUCAUGUGCGCCCUCAACUGCCAGCCAACCUUCUCCUACCGCUUUGCCGGCCUUGGCGCUGGCUGCUGCGGCGGGCAGGGCUUUGUGCUGAACGACCUCUCUGGCGAUGGCAUGGCCUUCCUCAACGCGUCCGGCACCGUCCUCAUGCGCAACCUUGGUGCCGGCGAGGAGCUCAUCUGCGACCAGUCAUCGGUUGUUGCGUUCCAGUCGACGGUCAACUUCACCAUCCGGCGUGCGGGCGGCUGCCUCAUGUGCUGCUGCGGCGGCGAGGGCCUCUUCAACUCGGUCCUCACGGGCCCUGGCAUCGUCGUGCUCCAGUCCAUGCCCAUCGAGAAGAUUGCUGCCGCUCUUGCCUUCCGCAGCGGCGGCGGCGGUGACGGCGGUGCCCAGUAAGCACGUGCCAUACACGUGCACGCAUGCGCCCACGUGUGUAGAUGUUGAUGACCACGUGUGCAGAUGUUGAUGCGUCAAACACAAGAGCACAUGCGCGCACACACGCACACAUACACGCAUACACGCACAUGCCACCACAUUUUGUUGCACAAAGUGCUUCAUUUAUUGCUUUCAACCACAUUGUGUGCUCCAGCUGCGUCUGCAUCGUUUUAUUCGCGAAGCAGGCUUUCAAACGCAUGAAUAAAGCAACUCUGCACCCUG